ACAUUCAAGAUGGCGGCGAUCAGCUGUGUUCUGUCACAAUGACAAUCCGCCUCGACAGUCGGAUUAAUUAGCCUAAAAAUCGGUGCGCGGCAUGUUAUGAAUAAUCCUACGUCGAUCUUUCGUUCCUUCCUCGAAUUCGACGUGCGACGACCGCAACUCUUUUCCUUCCUCGCCCCGGGAACCCUCGAGGGCCGACUGACCGUGAAUCUACGACGACGGCGCCCGAAGUCCGAAGUGAGCGGCGAGUGGAAGCGCGCAGCAGCCUAGCCUAGCCGCACAAAAGCAAUAUGGUGGUGCUCGUCAGGGACAGUCGAGCGCACACGGGGGAUGUUUAAUAAUAUUGUCACCGUUGUGGCGAAACGUGCGUCGGUGACGGAGCCGAGUGAUGAACUUGACGUGACCGAAAGCCUCUUGCUAGGCUGAAAAAACCACCAUGUGCGAUGUGUGCGUCGACUUUCACGAUCUUCUGCUUUCCUAUGACGAACGUUCGUCGAAGGAACAAGAUGCUUUAGCGACGUUAUGCAUAACGGAUGUCGACACGACGUUGCAUUAUGUUAAUCAAUGGGUGCAAAGACAAUGUAUGUGCUGUUAUCGUGAGAUUAAAAAUUUUGAUCGAUUUAUAAGGCUAACUCAGAGUAUCGUACUCUGUACGUUACAACAAUUACAAGUUAUACAGCAAAAUGAAGAUGUUGCUAAGGAGACUGUUAAAGAAGGGAAAGAGGAGGAAGAGAAAAGUAGUAAACGAAAGUCCGGCGACAACGCGGAGCAUGCACAAGUGGAAGCUCAGACGAAGCAGACAUGGUCGCAGCAGGAUAGAGAAAGAUUGUUUCAUCUACUCUCGAAAAUUUUUUUAUUAAACUUUCCUCUCUAUAUCGCUAUGAAGCACGGCGGUGUAAUCAAUCCUUUAGCUCCUGUCAAGGAUGAAGGCGGUUAUUGCGAACCACACGAUCCUGAAGUACCGGCGCCUUUGAUUCGUGCUGUAUCUAUAUUUUGCCAUCAAGGAGGUUUUAAUUUGAUGUCCGCUUGUUUCGAUAUGGAAAGCACACUGCCUGUUAGCCUUGCGCAUUCUAUGGUUGCAGUUAUUUGUAAUCUCAAACUUUGGUUGAACUACGGUAGCGUCAUCCAACUAUUUAUACCAUUGCGCAGUCGAGUUAUGAAGUACAUGUGCCGUUUAGGGGACAAGGAGUUGCGUACUCCUGCUGUUAGGACAAUGGCAGAUUUUAUGUGGAGCGCGGUGAAAGAUCCAAUAGACGCCGUAUUACCGAGUUUCGAUCGCGAUGGACUCGACUUGGCAUUUAAAUACUUUACUAGUACAACUCUGACUAUGAGGCUGGCUGGUGUAGCCCAGAUAAACGCUCAUAUCACCGCUUCUAAUGAGCUCUGCAACAGCGAGACAGUCGCCGAGGUCGAACAAGUGGGUCACGCGCUUGCCGCUUGGUUGACUGAGAACAACAUCAUAGCUCAUAUAUUCGGACCAAACUUACACGUAGAGGUUAUUAAGCAGAGUCAUAUUAUAUUAAGCUUCCUAGCUAUGGAAGGUAGAAUUACGUCCUCGGACAUGGACACUAUGUGGCAAGCCGCCCAGCUGAAGCACUGUGGCCGUCCGGUUUACGAUCUGUUAGCACCUUUGGUCAAACAUCUGGCUCCUACUCCUGUACUUCAUCUGUACUCUUUAUUAGGCAAACUAGAACCUAAGGAUCACACGGAACAAAGUUUGUUCUUAGCGUCUGCUUUGAUCAAAUUUAUCUGGACGUCCGGUCGUUCGGCUUAUCCGAGGGGUUUAGUGAUGAAAAAUAGAGAGAUUUUGAGGAGCACUAGUGGAGUCGGUGGAAGUAGCAGCAGCGAUCCGAGCGGUAUGGACGGUAGUAGUCCGGAAGACGACGAGGAGGAGCCUAGUCCGACAUUGUCCGAUGGACCGUCGCCUAGAAAACAAGCAAGGGCUGAUAGCAGCGAUGGUGAAGGACAUUAUAAGGGAAAGAAUUUGACGACUAGCACCAUCGAGUCGAGCCUCAAUGAAAUCGAAGACUUGAAUUCUGAGAAAUUUGAUUGUAAUAGAGAAUUAACUAAGGAUUCAUCGAGUGCUAUCCGCGAGGAGAUCAAGAGCAAGCAAAGCGGAUCCGACGCCGAAGCGGACACGGAGAAGUCGAAUACAGAGGAGAUGUUUGUACACGAGAAGAAAAAGCGAAAGAUCCUACGCAAGCGAAAAAGACCGCAAAAGCGUUCUUUGAGUGCCGUUGAGAAAACGCUAGAAGAUAUCGUCGGUCAAGAUGAUAAUGUGAAAUCAAAAGAUUUGCUCGCAGACGCGAAAAGCAGAACGGAAGAUGUAUUGAAUAGCAGUUUAGACGUAGGCGCUUUAGCUUCCUUGGAUGAACCAAAGAGCGUCGACGCUUUGGAUCGCGUUAAACAACAAGCGAUGGCUUUGGACCCAAACGAUCAACAAGUUCCAACCACGGCGGCGCUGUUAAGACGCGCCAACAAGAAUAAAUACAUGUCUAUAGUGGGAUACAAUGUAGACAGAGCGGCCGAUUCGGCGGAUAGUUCACACGACGAGGACGAUAGCGAUGUAGCGGGUGUGCUCGCUGCCGCGGAUGGUCCUAGCGCGGUGAUAUCCGAACUUGCUGGAUUAGUACACGCCACCGGUCCUACGUUCUUGCCUUCGGGCUUAGACGAGAUGCUUUCCGAUGAAGAAGGCUCGUACAGUAGUAGAAUAUCGAACAAGAGUGAAAAGAACAUGGCCGACUUUGAUGGCGAAGAGAGUGGUUGCGAGGAAGAAUUGGCCCAGUUAGCGGCGCGUCAUUUAACAGCUAUCCAAAUGCAAGCUUAUCAUCCUCAUCAUUCGCAUUCGACCAUGACGAUUAGAAGAUCAGUCUGUCAACCGCCGCAAGUGCGAGCCGCUCGACAAACAGCCACGAGAUUGAAUUCGCAAUUUAAUCUGGAUACAGUUUGUAAGCCGGGUAAUACAUUACUGUGGGAUCUUCUUCAGGAUGACAAGAUUGGUCAACUAGGUGAAGGCCUAGCCUUGGAAGCGGAGAAAGCGCUGUGCAAUCUUUUGUGCUUCAACGUCGAUCGUUUGAUCCCGAUGAAAUUUAUAGAGGGCUGCUUAGAGAACUUGGCGACUAAUCGUUCCGUGGUCGUAUCUCUAAGAUUAUUGCCAAAGUUGCUCGCGAGUUUCCAACAAUUCAGUGCGAUGGACGCGCACACUAUAACCACCUGGGCCGAUCGCGAGCGCGGCAUGAUGAAACAUUUCUUCAAUAAUCUGAAGACGUAUACAAACACGGGACCGAAGAGCAAUUUAUAUUCGCAUCAAACAGAAAUACAAGUCAGACUACAAUUUUUAUCGUCGAUCUUUUCGCCCUUAGGUUCACCCGAUUGCUUUCGUUUGAGUCUGGAACAAGUGGAUAUAUUAUGGCAAUGCUUGUCACAGGAUCCGAUCUGUGCCGACGAGCUUUUCAGCUGGUUACUCAGUCAAGCAAAAUCUACGGAGCAACACGCUUUAGGGAUGGACACUCUGAAACACUUGUGUAUGCGGAAAUUACCGAGCCUACCACCGGAAACCAUUAGUAUGACGGGCCUAAGUUUGUUUCAGCAGUUGUGUAAUUUGGCGCGCCUGGCCGCGGCGCACUUGGACAGGCCGUUGAGGGACGUGGAUUCAGUGGGCAUGGACUUUUUGUGGCGGAUUGCUUUGAAAGCGAAAAGCACCGACGUCAGUAUGGCAGCUAUACAGUAUCUCAACGGCUACUACAUGUCACGACAGCUGACGCAGGAGGCGGAAUUCGUUUCGCAGUGCAUGACGCAUCUCGCUGCAGCUAGCGCCGACCUCGAGAGCAAUGAAGAAGCCAGUUUGCGCUGUAUACAACGCGCCCUGCUUUUACUGAGGACGCAUUUGGAAGCCUUUCGAAAACGCUACGCCUAUCACUUACGCCGCUGGGUGCUGGAAGGUAGAGGCGUUGCCAGUCAAUGCUACGUGGCUAUGAACACAUCCGAGAAGGGCCAACAAUUGAGAAUCUUUGUGCAGCCUGCUGGUAUACCCGAGAAAACGAGUUUUACUCUUCUUAAUACCGAUUACGUAGCGGAUUUACGAGCUGAGGUGGCAAAAUGGUGGGACGACACGCAGAAUACUCAAGAGAAGUCCGCGGCUUCCGCGAAUGCCACUCAAAAUGGCGGCUCCGUUUUGGGAUCGUUGCUCACCGAUGGUCCUAUUCGAAUGAUCACUCAGGGGCAAGAGUUAACUAUCGACUUUGACGAGAAGACUUUGCAAGAAAUGAGCUUUAAAGACGGACAAUUGGUAUUUAUUUCACCUGGUGCCAGUAGAGGUAACGGCGGCGGUGGUCGUUGCAGCAAACGGGACAUGGAUUCGCCUUCGUUAUUACCGCCUCCUCCUAGAGAAUCUUUACCAACCUUAUUGUUACUUCGACCGCAGUACUUUGAGCAACUGUUUACGCUUAUGAGGACACUCAGCGCUAUGAAAACGACUGUGAAGGGUGGACAAGAGAUACCUCAUACGAAGGCUCAAGUACUCUCGAGGAGGGUCUGGGAUACGCUCACUCUGUUACCGACAAGCCCAACUUUGUUACGAGGUUUCCAAAAACUCGGCGAGACAUCCCUCCAGGAAUUACUCGAUCCGGCGAGUCCGCAGAAGUUGAUGUACUCUCUUUACAUAGUCGAGUCUUUGAGUCGACGAGGUACAACGAAUCAACCGUCAUCGAGUAAUUCCACCGCUUCGUCGACGGCUACGUCGGUGCAUCAAGGUGGCGGAGACGCGGACGACAAUCAGGACGAUAAGGAGAAAGAUGUAGCUUGGUCGACUCUAUUUGUGCAACACGGCGGACUCCGACAUCUUUUCGAUAUCUUUAUGUCAGGCUGUCUGGAGCAGGGAGACGGCAGCGAAUGGCAGCAGGAUUGUCUCGCCAGUUUGCUGAAGCAACUUUGUCAUCUCGGUGUUGUAAAAGAGGAGAAGAAACGCAACAAAGCGGACAAGCCGCUGUUGGUACCCAAGUUGAGCGAGGCGAUGCUGAGAAUGAUGAAUGUCGAUACAGUAAUGCCAAGGAUAACCAGCAUCUUGAACGACGCCUCGUUACCGCUCGAUCCGAACCAUUACAAGACCGGACUCUUCGGCCGAUCGCAAGUGAUACAUUAUGCCAUGGCACUGUUGGUUUGUUGGGUGCACAGCGAUCAGGCGGUACGACAAUACCUGUUCUCAUCGUCCGAACCGUUUGGGAAAACGUGGCUGCGCAGACUGAUAUUAGAGGAUCCCGAGCCGGCGGUAAGACGCGAAGUAUGCACGGCUCUGUACAAAUUAUGUUUAGGCAGCACCGGCGCGGAGGACGACAACUCGGAACAGAUGCCAGGAUUGAUAGUACCAAUGUUGAACACUCUGUUGGAGCAUCUGGUGAUUGCUGAAGCUAUGCAACCUUCUCAUCGCAAGCCAGACUUGCCGCUGCAUCUACAUCCAGUUCUGGACGAAGGAAAGGAACCCUAUGGACCAGCUUGUAAAGACUACUUCUGGUUGGUAUGCCGUCUGGUGGAUUCUCUACCGGACGAAGCGAUUCGAGAGAGCACGGCGGACGAGACCUCUGGCACGACUAUCGACCUCGAAGCGCUGGCCAUCCGAGUGAUCGAUUCCGUGCUCAAUCGGGAACACCUGGAGACGCGGCAUAAUACGGUGGAAGACGACGCUCUAGUUGGAUUGAUUAAUCUCACAUGUAACAUCAUGACGCAUAAUCCUCCCUGCAAGCAAGGAAAGAUCGGGCAGAAUUUGCUGGAUCAGGUAUUUGAUUUCUUAUUCGCCUUGCCGAGUCCACGGAGCAAGCAUGUGCCCAAGUGCAAGAGCCAAGCGUCCAGGUCAGCUGCUUUUGAUCUCUUAGUCGAACUGGUGAAAUCGGCGCCCGACAAUUACAGGAUACUGCAUGAGAAGUUGCUCGCCCAGCACCGUCCCGGACCUCACUCUCCAUAUCCGUGGGAUUACUGGCCUCACGAGGACGGACGUUCCGAUUGCGGCUACGUGGGCCUGACGAAUCUUGGCGCGACGUGUUACAUGGCCAGUUGCAUGCAACAUCUGUACAUGAUGCCGCAAGCGCGCGUCUCCAUCCUUGGCGCCGAUUGCAGCCGCGCCAAUAAGCAUCAGCUGACCUUACGAGAAUUGCAAAGGAUGUUCGCGUACCUGUUGGAGUCCGAGAGAAAAGCGUACAAUCCGAGGAGUUUCUGUCGCGUGUACACGAUGAAUCACGAGCCGCUAAAUACGGGCGAGCAGAAAGAUAUGGCUGAAUUUUUCAUUGAUCUCGUUUCCAAACUAGAGGAGAUGACGUCCGAUCUGAAGAACCUGGUGAAGACGCUGUUUUGCGGUGUGAUAUCCAACAACGUCGUCUCGCUUGAUUGCGAGCACGUUAGCAGGACCCUGGAGGAAUUCUAUACCGUUCGCUGCCAGGUAGCGGACAUGAGAAAUCUCUAUGAGAGCUUGGACGAGGUCACGGUUAAGGAUACGUUGGAGGGUGACAAUAUGUACACGUGCUCGCAGUGCGGCAAGAAAGCGCGUGCUGAGAAACGAGCAUGUUUCAAGAAACUGCCUCAUAUAUUGUGCUUCAAUACGAUGCGCUACACCUUUAACAUGGGUACUAUGUUGAAAGAAAAGGUCAACACGCAUUUCAGUUUUCCCCUUAGAUUGGAUAUGUCUGGUUACGUCGAGAAGAAGCUCAUGCCGCAGCAUUACCAGGACGAGAAAAAGGCGGUGUCGCCCGAGAAGAGAAAAUCUGAGAACGAUGGACACUCGAGACCUUUAUUGGUGGACGACGUGGAGGAAGAGGUACAAGAGGAAGAAAUGGAGCAUUAUCAGUACGAUUUGAUCGGCGUGACUGUUCAUACGGGAACCGCGGACGGUGGGCAUUAUUACAGCUUCAUCAGGGAUCGUACGUCUCCUAACAAGGACAAGUGGUUCUUAUUCAACGACGCCGAAGUCAAGCCGUUUGAUCCGAAUCAGAUCGCGGCCGAGUGUUUUGGCGGCGAGAUGACCAGCAAAACGUACGAUUCGGUGACGGACAAGUUCAUGGACUUCAGCUUCGAGAAAACCAACUCGGCGUAUAUGCUGUUCUAUGAAUGGUGCGCGGAUCCGGGCGAGCAAACGAAGGAGGAGGAGGCCACCGUGUCGAGUCCCACCGUCGACAAUAAUGCUGAUAAUAAUACUGGACGACCGUCGUCUUCAUUGGUGCGUAAUAACGCGAACAAACUGCCGCCGCUGGAACUUAACAAGGAGCUGGAGGACUGGAUCUGGCAGGACAACAUGCACUUUUUACAGGACAAGAAUAUAUUUGAGCACACAUACUUUGGAUUUAUGUGGCAGAUUUGCGGCUACAUACCGCAGACGCUACUGUCCGUGCAGCCGGACAUCACGGAGAUGUCCGCGGAACUGUCGACGUCUUUUUUCAUGGAAACGUUCAUACACGCCAAGGAGAAGCCGACGAUGGUGCAGUGGGUGGAACUGCUGACGAAACAAUUCAACGGCUCGGCGGGCGCGUGCGCAAGAUUUCUCGAGCGGAUGGCCGGCGACUCGUGGUGGCCUAUUCAGAUUCUAGUCAAGUGUCCUAAUCAGAUGGUCAGGCAGAUGUUUCAACGGCUAUGUAUUCAUGUGAUUCAACGAUUGCGCGCUACUCAGGUGCCUCUAUAUCUUCUCUGCGACGAGGAGAACGACGUCAGCACGGUCGGUACGCGAUCCUGCGUCACGCGAUUUGUUAGGAUGUUAUUAUCACUCAUGGAACACGCCAAGCAGCAUCUCAAACACCUCACCGAGUACUUCAGCUUCCUGUACGAGUUUAGCAAGAUGGGGGACGACGAGGCGGUUUUUCUCAUCAGGGUGCAAGCCAUAUCCACGAUGGUAAACUUUUAUCUCGGGCAUAAGACGCAUGAGUUCGUCGAUGCGGUUAGUGAGGAGGAGGAAGAGGAAGAGAUUGUGACGGUGCCUUCGGAAAAGCUCCGACCUGCUUCGUUGGAUAAGAUGAUUAUGCUGAUCGCGUACUUGGUCGAGCGCAGUAGAGGACAGGAUCAUAGAUUAGCCCUGUCGCCGGCGGAUUUGAGCGCCGUGGCAGGCGGCAAGGGCUUCCCCUUUCUGUAUCAACAGACACGAGACGUUAUUAAUCUUACUCAGACCAGAAACUUGAUUCAGUCCUUGUGUCGUUGGAAUGACAGACUGGCGAUACACGUCGUUACGAUGAUAUUCCAGGCGAUAAUGAAGCACACCGACGUAUGUCAGCCUUUCUUCAAACUGUUGACGCUUCUAACAGAGAGUUCGGGACUGAGCGGCCUGCCUUGUAUGACCCAGCUGAUCUUGGGUAGAGUCUGGGAAGCGGCGAGGGUAGCCCCUCAUGGUGCGCUUGAGUGGUUGGCUCUAGCGGUGACGAGGAGCAAAUUGGCGCACGCUUGGGUUCUCCAAGGACUCGACACCUGGCUACAGCACUUCCUUCUUGAGCACUCCAAUCAAAGGGUCCGUUCGGCCGCCGCUUUUCUACUGGUGUCUUUGGUACCGUCUACGCACUUUAGACAGGGAUACCGUACUGCUCAUCGGCUUAAUCUAGGCUGCAAUUCGUCCAGAGAGCUUCAACUGUCACCGGAGGCUACUCUGAUACUUCAUCAGAUAUACACGGCCCUUUUGAGAUUGCUGCAACCCGCGCGACAUUACAUCGACAUACAAACUCACGGUACAAUGAAACUCACUGCCUACUUUGCAUUGCUCACAUACUGCGUAGUCUCCAAAACCGAAAAAUUAAUGUUCGGGCAGUAUCUUAACGAUUUGUGGACGCUUUUCCAUCCGAAGCUUUCGGAACCGAGCAUUCCGGUGCAUCAUAACAAGCAAGCGGUACUUUUGUUCUGGUAUCAUGUCUGCUCCGAUUGUCCAGAGAAUGUCGCUAUGAUACUCCACAAUCCGCACAUAACUAAGAAUAUUGCAUUUAAUUAUAUAUUAGCUGAUCACGAAGACCAGGAUGUUGUGCUGUUUAACAGAGUGAUGUUACCUGCAUAUUACGGCCUUUUGCGGCUUUGCUGCCAGCAGUCGCGCACUUUUACAAGACAAUUAGCUGCGCAUCAGAACAUUCAGUGGGCAUUCAAAAACAUCACUCCUCAUCCUACUCAAUAUUCAACUGCGGUGGACGAAUUAUUCAAACUGAUGCAGUUAUUGGUAGCGAGACAUCCUGAUCAAACUGAACAAGAAGAGGCGGAGAUCGCGUCAUUCAGAAGGGGCACGUUGUCUUCUUAUUUACAAGGGCUCGAUGGUCGUUCAUGCUGGGCAACUCUCAUCUCUGCUUUUCGGAUUCUCAUUGAAUCGGACGACGAUCGUUUGUACGUUGUUUACAACGGUGGCUUAAGUAUGGCCCUGGAAGCGUUUCAUAUGCUACACAUAAUGUAUCACGAGGCGACGGCUUGCCACGUCGCCGGCGAUCUGGCCGAACUGAUCGCCAUCAUCGUCGAGCUGGUGCGAUGCGUUCGCACUGCAAGAGACGGACCGGACGCUAGAAGUAUUCUCGCCAAUUGCAAAGAGUGGCCUGAUAUACUCCGCAAGCUAGCGACGUUACUAAACACGUACAAUCCGCCCGACAUGAGAAACCUGGCUAUAGAUCUUUUAAAGGAGCUCGUCAUGCUCGUUCCUGCCGAAGCAAUACUGAUCCUAGCGCCAUUACUUUCGCACUGCCAUGCAGCUCUUCAGGAAUCCCACGCCGCAGUCCCACCUGGACCGUACCUUCCGCGAAGAUCUACCCCGCCCGGGAAGAUGCCUACCAGACCCGCCAGGCCGAUGGUACAAAUGGCGGUGCCUCACUCUCAGCUGGAGGCGUCAAAAGGGGUCGAUCCGGAAUACGAUAGCGCUCUGCUUGAAUUUUACUUACCUUAUCACGAGCUAAUAGAUGUCAUGUGUAGGCUGGCGAUAAAUAACGAUUGCAUGACGGAUGCGUUAGUGAACUUGAGCGCUAUGCUUGGAUUCGAAGGUGUACCUUUGCACUUGGCUCUGUUCCCUAGGUUGUGGUUGGACGUGCACGCCGCUACGCACAUAGACAGAAAGCAUAUAGCAUCUCUUUUGUGUUCUUCCUAUACGGUAGAUUACGUAGACGCUGUGCUGCUGGACGAGAGAUCGUCGUUAGGAGUGCCGGCGAUACACGCUUUUCUCAAGACUUUCUUUCCGAAACUGGCCAGUCACGUGUUGACCGAGCAAACGUGCUUGCUCAUCGAUAAUCUGGUCAGCUCGUUGACGGCGAUGGUGGAGGCGGUGGACGUUGAAGCAUCGGCGCACAGGUUGACCGGGGACCUGCGCGCCCUGGCUCUCGUCUACAGCAGUAGCACAAGACUGAAACCACCCUCCAGCCUGCUGCCGGCUCUAGAGACUCUGCUAUCGCGAACACGGACUAUUACGGUGAAGGAGAACCGUACGUCGUCGGAGGUCGUGGAAUCGCCUUCGAAACGGCGUAGGUUGUGCGGCGACAGUGAACCGGUCGAUAAGGAACUCUGCGCACCGAUCAACGACAUCGACAUGGAGAAUAACAUCUCCGAGGCGGAGCUGGACAAGACAGACCCGGUGAACGACACGAUGUCUUCCGAUUCCGGGGACGAUAAGGCCGCCACUGCCAGGCACAAAUCGGGCAACGUUCAAGCGGAGACCAUCGCCACCAGCGGCACCGUCUCGCCGCCCCGUCUGGUCACCACCGCCAACAGUUGUACAAAUCAGUUGCGCUGCUCGUUGACCAACGUCUCGUGGCUUGAGAUGCUGGAGAAGACCAUUGUCGAUCUACAAACAAUCGUGCAAGUGCAAAGCAAGAAUAAUUAAAAUAAUUCAUCGCGUAGGCAGAUGCUGAAAGCAACUCUGCUACUAUAACACGAUAACAGGACACAUGAUUAAUGAUCGGUUCUACGACGUGUAAAUGUGUGUGAUCUUUCGCACCGAUAGAGUUUACGGUGUGUUUGCGCCUCCUUUUCAAAUCCGGAUUAUAACUUAGUUCAUAAUAUAUAUCGUAUGUAUGUAUGUAUCGAGUUCGACUGCGAUUUACUUUCCAAAUAUAGGACAAUAAGAUAUUUUCGUUAUUUUUGUGACUUAAGUUUUACGUUAAGUUCAUAUAUAUGAAAUUCGGAAGAUCGCGUAUCGCCGUCGUGUAACAUCCGGACUACUCCGUAGAAUUUUUUUCAUCUGAAAUCGCGUUUGUUAAAAAAAAAGUGCUGUGAGAUAGAUUAACUUGUCUCUUGGCAAAAAACUUGAUACGUGCACUCUAAUGUGCAAUAUAACGUACACUAUCCAGUAUUCAGAAAGACACAAUUAAAUACGAGGGAUGAAAUUUAAUUUCUCCAAAUCAUCUCACUAUCUCUGAAAAUUCUGUUAACGUCGCAAAUUAUUUCGAUAAUUUCGCGCUAUGCUUAUAUAGGUAUGAAAGGAAUCACAGGGUUUUAAGAAAUUGUUAAAGUAAACAGAUAAGACACAGUACGUUCGAUUAUUAGCAGAAAUUUCUCUUAUAUAUGCCAUCAUUUAUGGAGUAUGAGCAUUUCUUUUGUUCAUUUUUGACACGUGAGCCUAAGUCUCAAAAAAUAUUGAUUUUGAAAAAGAAUAUUGAAAAUAAAAGUUAAGCUUUUACUUUAGAUAUUUGUUUUAUGGAGUGCCAUUAUCCUACUAAUUUGUGUCAAGAGAGAUCUCUUAUUAUUCUACUAAUAAUAUUCGUCAAUUUCAGAUAAAAAUUCAUUAAAAUGUCGUUUCUCAAGUUUUCUAUUUUAUUUUCGAAUUUUCCUAACCAUUUUAUUUUCAAAGAACGUAAGAAGAAAUUGACGGUACUAAUUAUUUAUUUUUAUUUGCGCAAUAUCGAUUGUAAAUCGUUAGGAAAGAGAGGUAAAAGAGAGAAUUUACAUAUAAAUGCUAAUUUUAACUUGAUCUAAUUUUAAUUCGAUGUGUCUAGAUUACACGAAGAAAAAAAAUCUUAAUUUGUACGGAGCGUUAGAGGUUCAAAUUCUUAAUGGAUUGACGUAAGAUUUGAUGGAAAGUUCUUUAGUAUAUAUAUAUAUAUGUUUUUUUAAAUGACAACACGUUGAUUGUGAACUCAAUGAUGGAUCGAACGCAAACUAUAAUUUUUCAUUUCGCGUCGUUUAUUUACGCUUUUUUCUAUCUAACAACAAUCGUUUUACAAACGUCAUGUUGCAAACAACUUUUCUACAAUCACCGGCCGGCUCUCUCGCGUUAUACGUCAAAUUCGCAGAGACAUCUCACAUCACGAAAUGAAUAAAACCAGGUCGUCAAACAUUUUCAACAAGCUGAACAUUCAAGCCAACGUAUUUAUUACCGAUUGAAGAGCAGAUGAAGUCAUUUGUUCAGCAUGUAGCGCUUUCGUUGAGCUUGGAUCGGAUAUAAUGGUACUAAGCUAGCAUAUCGCGUCCAAUUAAAUAAAAAUCCUGCUAUUUCUCAUUGCAGUUAUAUUACGUUGGAUUGUAUAACAUGUAUGAAGAUAUAUAUAUAUAUAUAUAUAUAUAUAUAUAACGCAAAAAAAUUUAUAUAAUUUCUCGCUUGUGAUGAACGCCUGUAAUUCGAUAUAACUGCAGUGACGGAUCAGGAACCUUUCGAAGUUAGGGAAGAUGCGCGUGUACAGACAUGCCGAUCGACUGUUUAACAGUAAACUUUUUCCGCAUUAAUAUUAACGCUCUCGUUCCCUAAAUGUCCCGUAAGCGACUCUAUAUAUAUAUAUAUAUAUAUAUAUAUAUAUAUAUAUAUGUUGCCGAAUCCGAAAAAAUAUAAAAAAACAAACGCGUUUGAUAGACUCGCGCACGCCGAACGAUAAGCAAGUGUCCGCUUGAUGCAGUGUAUAUUAUCUUAAAUGUCGCUACAUUUGAUGUAAUUGUAACGAAAUGAGAAGAACGGAAGAAAUAUCGGCUCUCUCUCUUUCUCUCUUUUUUUCUCUCUAAAAAAUGCAUUUACUCCAGUCCGAUAAUCGAUUAAUAAACAUCUAUCAUUUAUGAACUCGUAUAUGUGAACUUUAGUUGUGACAUAAUUAUAUAAUAAAAAGAAAAGAAAAUUUUUUAAUUAUUUUUUUAAUCACGCAUUUCCUUAUAAACGCGCGUGUUUCCUAUGUUUAAGAUAAAAUAAAAAUGAUAUAUUUACGAGAGAGAAAGGAGAUAAUAAGCAAAAGAUGGAAAUACUGUGGAAAGUGUAUCUAAAACGAGACUCGCAAUUAAAAUCGACGAACUUUAAUUGCGAUUAUUAGAUUUAACGAAUUAUAUAUUUAAUUAAUUCUUUGUAAAAUAAAAGAGUCGAUAUAAAAUAAUUAAUAUUAACUUUAAUUAAAAUGCGUUAUCACAUCGACGUUUAUAAUAACAACAUAUAUAUGGCGUGCAGGAUUUCCACAGUUUUGCGAAUAUUUGUUUAUCCCUUUCGCUGCGACGCAUUUCAAUAAAAAAAAAAUCGCACAAUAGUAUCGGAUAAUACUUUUGUUUCUGGAUUCCUACAUACAUACAUAUAUAAUUUUUCGCUAUUAUAUUGUAUUAGGCAAGAAAUUAAUUCUUCGACGACAUAUUGUUGUAGCGAAAGGGUAAAUGAAUGCACCCUUUAGAGUGUAAAAAUAUUAAUUAUAAAAAUAUUAAUUAUAAAAAUAUUAAUAUUAAUUAUAUUAAUAUUUUACAAAUGUACGAUCCAUCUGGAACAGCUGAUGACUUUUUAAUUCUGCAGCCAAAAAAAUCUCACCCAAUAAUGACGUAUCGCGCGUAUGUGUGUUACAUUAUAUAUAUAUAAUGUAUACACACAUACGCGCGAUACGUCAUUAUUGGGUGAGAUUUUAUAUAUAUAUAUCAUUUUAACGGGAAAAAACGAGAGGGGGAGUAUUUACAUACACAAAUAUUACAGUUUUCAACAUUAAAACGCGAUAAUAUUAAUUAUAGCAUAUAUUUGCGCUCUCGUUGACUUUUGAUGCUCUCGAAAAUGAUGCUGUCGGCAACAAUUUAUAUACGGUGUAUGUUUGAAAAUAAAAGGCGCUCGCGACGAAAAAAGUUUGUCAAAGUUACUGUGUAAAAAUUUUUGAACGCAUAUUGCAAUUUUUUUUACUUUUUUGGCCAUUGUUCUAUCUAUUUCGGCCGCGAAAAUCUGCUUCGCGAGAUCGUUCCAUCAGGGUUUGUAUAUCUUCGGCAUGUGUCUACACAUAUUCUCAUUUAUCUUUUCAUUAUCAUUAAGAUGUAUAGUUUUUCGAGCGAUAUAAUAUAAUAAAAGUUUCUUCAUUUUAAAA